ACCUGUGCAAGACUACGGAAAAUGCAAGAUGGCAGCAGACGUGAAGUCAUGUCUAGCUAGGAGUCAGUGAAAAUGGCCUUUAGUGACUCGUGUUCCAGGCUGGACGAUGAAUGAGAUGCGUGAAUAGUGCAGGACUAUUAGUGUAGUGGUUUCGAAACGAAAACUGACAAGAAGCACGCUCCACCAUGGCCACGGACAAAAUCAAAGUCGCCGUCCGAGUAAGACCCUUCAACAGAAGAGAACUGGAACUGGGGUCGCAAUGCGUCAUAGAAAUGGCAGACCAGCAGACCAUUCUCCACCAUCCCAUCACCAUCGACAAAAUCGAGAGGAAAACGCCAAAGUCAUUUGCAUUCGACCACUGCUUCUGCUCGAUCGACCAGGAUGACGAAAACUUCGCCUCGCAGGAGCUCGUGUUUGACUCGCUGGGCCGCGAUAUUCUCGACAACGCAUUCCAGGGCUACAAUGCGUGCAUUUUCGCCUAUGGACAGACUGGCUCAGGCAAAUCUUACACAAUGAUGGGUGCUCAAAGCGACUCGGGCAUCAUCCCCCGCUUGUGCGACACGCUUUUUGAGCGAAUCGCCGAGAGCCAGAGCGCCGAGUUGUCAUUCAAGGUUGAGGUCAGCUACAUGGAGAUCUACAACGAAAGGGUGCACGACCUGCUAGACCCGUUGUCCAACAAGCAGUCGCUCAGGGUCAGGGAACACAACGUCCUGGGCCCUUACGUUGAUGGCCUCUCACAGCUGGCUGUCACUGCUUUUGAGGACAUUGCUGCUCUGAUGACCGAAGGCAACAAAUCGCGCACAGUGGCUGCCACCAACAUGAACUCCGAGUCGUCGCGAUCGCACGCCGUCUUUUCCGUAGUCCUGACGCAAACCCUGACGGACCUAAAGAGUGGCGUAACCGGUGAGAAGGUGUCUCGGAUGUCCCUGGUGGAUUUGGCUGGCUCGGAGCGGGCGGUGAAAACGGGCGCUGUUGGCGAAAGGCUGAAGGAAGGGUCCAACAUUAACAAAUCUCUCACAACCCUAGGCCUAGUGAUAUCAAAGUUGGCCGACCAGGCGGGCGGCGGCGGCAAAAGUAAUCGGGACAAGUUCGUUCCGUAUCGUGAUUCUGUUCUCACAUGGUUGUUGAAAGAUAACUUGGGUGGCAAUAGCAAGACUGUGAUGGUGGCGACCGUUUCUCCAGCGGCUGACAAUUUCGAGGAAACUCUGUCCACUCUGCGGUACGCCGACCGGGCCAAGAGAAUCGUCAACCACGCCGUGGUCAACGAGGAUCCCAACGCCAGAAUCAUCCGCGAGCUGAGGGCUGAAGUGGAGGCGCUCAAAGAAAUGUUGAAACACGCCACGGUGAGCAACAUUUCGCUACCAAUUGGCUCAGCUGGCUCACAGGUGGUUGAUAAUAGGGAAGAUUUGCAUGCAAAGUUGAGUGAGAGUGAGAAACUGAUGAAAGAGAUAAGCCAAACAUGGGAGGAAAAGUUGAUGAAAACCGAGCGACUGCAGGUUGAGAGGCAGCAGGCGUUGGAGCAGAUGGGAAUUUCUGUACAAGCCUCCGGCAUCAUGGUCGAGAAAAACAAAUACUACUUAGUCAAUCUGAACGCUGAUCCCUCCUUGAAUGAGCUCCUUGUCUACUACUUGAAGGAUCACACUUUAGUAGGUCGAAAGGAAGCACAGGUCGAGCAAGACAUCCAGCUGUCUGGUUUAGGCAUCCAACCUGAGCACUGUGUGCUCACAGUGGAAGACGAAAAGCUGUACAUCAUUCCUCUCGAGGGUGCUCGUACUUAUGUGAAUGGCUCCCCCCUCACUGAUAAGACACUGCUCCACCACGGAGACAGACUGCUCUGGGGAAACCAUCACUUCUUCCGUGUCAACUGUCCAAAGUCUACAACAUCCGCCAAUUCCGAGCCUCAGACUCCUGCCCAACCCAUAGAUUAUAAUUUUGCAAGAGAAGAAAUAAUGUUGAAUGAAAUGAGUAACGACCCCAUCCAGGCAGCUAUUGCCAAAAUUGAAAAGCAGCACGAGGAGGACAAACAAGUGGCGCUCGAAAAGCAACGCCAGGAGUACGAGCGUCAGUUCCAGCAGCUGCGAACGAUUCUGUCCCCUUGCACUCCGUACCCACCUUAUGUGCCAUUUGACCCCUUCAGACCGGGAAAAAUUACCCCCUGCACUCCGGGGACCACCCAGAUGAGAGUGGAAAAGUGGGCUCAAGAGAGAGAUGAAGUUUUCAAACGAUCUUUGGGCCAGCUGAAAGCCGACAUUGUCAAGGCCAAUUCCUUAGUGCAGGAAGCAAACUUCCUGGCUGAAGAGAUGGAAAGACAAACUAAGUUUAGUGUUACCCUCCAAAUCCCUCCUGCAAAUUUGAGCCCGAAUCGCAAACGUGGUAGUUUUGUGAGUGAGCCAGCCAUCCUAGUCAAGAGGAAAGGUUAUGGAAGCCAAGUUUGGUCCAUGGAAAAGCUAGAAAAUAAGUUGAUUGACAUGAGGGAAUUAUACGAAGAAAGUAAAACUAUCCCGAUAAGAGAGGACGGAUCAUUUCGAAAUUUGGAACUAGACCCGUUUUUUGAGUCUCAGGAGAAUCAUAAUGUGAUAGGAGUUGCCAACAUCUUUCUAGAGAGUUUAUUUCAUCCAGUCCGCUUAAGUUAUCACACACCAAUUAUUAGCCAACAAGGAGAAGUUGCUGGCCGAUUACACGUUGAGCUGAGCAGAAUAGCCGGUUCAUUCAGUCCAGAGAUUUCCGAAACCACAACUUCUGAAAACUCGAACGACAGUGAGGAAUUCACAAAUCCGACACCAACAGUGACCAUCAGGGUCAACAUCAAGCAAGCUGCCGGUUUGCCACCAUCUCUAUCAAAUUUCGUAUUCUGCCAAUACACCAUUUGGGGCCACCCAGUCGUGGUUGCCCCGAUCGACUCGAUCCUCAACAACAACAACAUUGACGAUGACCAGCAAUCCUCAAAUGACGCACCGCAGACAGUUUUUAAUUUUGACCACACAAUGGACUUCACCAUUCCCGUCACAGAGGAAUUCGCAGAGCACUGUGCAGAAGGCGCACUUUCCAUCGAAGUCCUUGGCCAUAGAUCACCAGGCUUCUCUCCAAGAGCCAAGCCAGGCUGGGAGGUUGAGCAGAGGCAGCUGGCCAAGGUGCGUUCCCUGGCUGACCGCUGGAGCGAAUUGACUAGGAAAAUUGAGCUCUGGGUGGAAAUUCUUGAGUUGAACGAGCAGGGCGAGUACACACCUGUUGAGGUCCAGUCUCGGGAAGACAUGCUGACAGGCGGCAUAUUCCAACUGCGGCAAGGCCAGCAGAGGAGAAUCGAGGUCAGUGUGAAACCAGUGCAGAACUCGGGAACGCUUCCCAUCAUCUGCGAAGCCAUCACCAGUAUUGCUGUCGGAAGCGUGUGUGUCCGAUCAAGGCUGCAAAAGCCAUUGGACUCGUACCAGGAAGAGGACCUCUCUGUUCUAAGGGAAAAGUGGAGCGACGCCCUGAUGAGACGGCGACAGUACCUUGACCGACAAAUCCAGAGGAUUGUCAAUAAAGAAGGGAAAAGUGAAGGAGAUGUUGAAAGGGAGCAGAGUUUAAUGGCGCAGUGGAUGAUGCUCACUGAGGAGAGGAAUGCCGUUUUGGUUCCUUCGGCCGGUUCCGGAAUCCCUGGCGCUCCCGCAGACUGGGACCCUCCUCCGGGAAUGGAGCCUCACACUCCUGUACUCUUCUUGGACCUUAAUGCUGAUGAUCUCAGUAUUCUAAACGAUGGAGAGGAGUUGACGGUCUGUGGCCUGAACUCAAUUCUUCCCAAAGAGCACGGCAACAAAUUCUACAGUUUGCCCAUAUUGAAACAGCAGGAGAAAGAUGUGAGUGCUGUUGCGGCGUGGGACUCGUCCCUGCACGACUGCUUGCACUUAAACAAAGUCACCGAAGCCAACGAGAGAGUGUACCUGAUCCUGAAAAGCAUAGUCAAGCUUUCGCACCCAGCACCAAUGGAAUUAGUGCUGCGGAAGCGACUGGCCUUGAAUGUGUACAAGAGGCAGAGCAUCACGGAACGGUUGAGGAGGAAAAUCGUGCGAGCCGAUUUGCUGCAGCAUUGCGGAGUGACUUAUGAGCUGGUCUCAAACAUUCCAAAAUCCAGCGAAGAACUUGAAGAUCGAGAGAGUUUGGCGCAAAUGGCAGCCACUGGAGAAGAGACCUCAGACUUCAACGAAGGCGACACCUAUAUUGAACAAUACACCAGAGGAGUCAGUGCAGUUGAGUCGAUCCUCACUCUCGACAGGCUGAGGCAAAACGUUGCUGUUAAAGAACUCCUUCAGGCUCAGGGACGGCCUCUCAUGAGAAAGACGGCCAGCGUUCCCAACUUCUCACAGCUCUUCAAUUUGUCCGACGGACCAACUCGGUCUGAGAGUUUUGCAGACCUGGCCGCGGAACUGAGCGGGCCAUUGCGUGAGAUCAGUGUUCGCUCAGGUCUGGGCAGUUUUAAGCCUGACCUGGACUCGAAUAUGAAUAGCACUUCGGCAACCACUCCGUUGUCCAGUAAACCCUUCGGCCUCGGCGCCAUAUUAACAGCUAGGCCAACUUUCCUCAACUUGAAUUUCAACCUUAACUCUCUGCGACUUCAGCCGACUGGAGCCAAAUCUUCUCCAAACCCAACUGCUGGCAAACUGGGGCUCAGAAUGAGCACUUUGCAUGAAGAGCAGCCUGGUGGGGAAAACUAUGGAGGCAACGGUGAAGGUGAUCUCGAGGAGGAGGAUGAGGACGAGGAAGACGAGGAGGAAGUCGACACUGAGGAGAUGCACCGUCAGACUGCAACAGCAAUGUCGACCUCUCAAACCGCAGAGUCCUUGUCUGAGUACAUUUCCCACAGCAGCACCGUCAGCAACAGCAACAAAAACGGCAGCACUCCUAGCACAGCAUCCAGUGGUUACGGAAGCAAUUACGGAGGUGCCCUGACCAGUGAAGACUCUCUUUCUCUGCAAAGUGUAGAGUGCGAGUGCACUCCAAACGAAAUUGUCGAGCAGCAAACUACCAACACUCAGCCCCCUAAACCGGAUAUGCAGCAAAUCUCUGAGGAAAUUUUGGCUGAAGAAGGAGCAGAGGAAGAUGGUUGGGAGUCAAAUUUGUCCUGCUCUCCGGAUAACAACAACACUUCAAAACGGGGUCGCAAGAACCAUCCUAACAGGGCGUCUUUCCCUCCCGCGCACGUUCAAAAACUGCUUGCCACUCACAACCCUCUCAGCAAUUCCUCGGACCGUCUCGUGGCCGAAGAUGGAUCAGAUUCUCCGUACGGGUCUCGCUACAGCCUGAGUGGCUGCGGCGCCCUGCCCGACUGGAUAACCGUCGGAGAAAAGGUGCUGGUCCGGCCUUACUCGCUUCCUGGCACUGUUGCCUUCAUCGGAGAGACACAAUUUGCACCAGGAACGUGGGUUGGCGUGGCCCUUCAAUCUGCUACUGGAGGAAAAAACAAUGGCACUGUGCAAGGAGUCAAAUACUUCGAGUGCCGACCUAAAAGUGGUCUCUUUGUUCGGCCGGACAAACUUUUGCCUGACAAACGAGGACUCACCUUAAGAGCUACCCCUCCUAGCAGUGGAAUGAAGCGGAGUCUCAGCAGAGGGGACAACCUUUCAAGGAGUCGGGGAGAGGGUCUUCACAGGGCAAAGUAAACUACUGCAUCACUUCAGUCAUCCGGCAGUAUUUUUAACCAUUCAAUGGCUCAGAUCUUUCAUGGCUAGAAGUUAAAAUUAUGUGCAUACUAUAGCUUGAAGGUUUCGCAGCAGCAGCAAGCAUGUAAUUAAGUCCGUGUUGUUGUUGUUGUUGCCGGAAAAGCUAGGCUUGAUUGCGAAUCACAUUGGACAAAAAUUUUGAUAGGCAAAAAUUUAUUUUCAACGAGACUGAAAUCGAAAGAUUUUUCUUCUUUAUUAAGUAUAUUGUGAAAUCACAAAAAAAAAUGGGUGCUUUUGGUGUUAGAAAAAGGAAAAGCAAGGCAUCGAAAUUGGCCUCGUGGUUGUUUUGUCCGUUCUGAGUGAAAAACACACGAAACCUCCUGGGAAGGGAGGUGAAUUCUGUAUAGGGAGAGUAAUAUUCGUAAAAAUUUGUGUCCCCUCGUGGUGACUUUUAAGAAAGGAGUGAAAAAAAGUAAGUAUCAGACGUCCACUACUUGGGAGAAAUAAAUCUAUAUCUUAAAUCGCAGUCCUAAAAACGGAACUCAUCCACAAUCCGGCUUUUGCUUGAGAGCAAAUUCCCUUUUCCAGAGUCCGUUUAGAAAAAUUAAGAAUAACCGAGACAACUUUUGACUUCACGCAUGUGUUACAAACAAAUCAAAUACAUAUGUACGGUAUAGAAAUAUUUAUAUUUUAGGAAAAAAGUGUCAGCCUCAAUCCAACCUGUAAAAUUAAAAAUACCGAAAGAGAAUGAACACUUUUCUUGCCUUGCGUUUAAUUGUUCGUCAUUUUCAUACUUGUACAUUGAAUUGAUUCAUCUAUAUUAGUUUUAAAUAAUAACAUAAUAUAUUCACCCAUCCAGCUUUUUAAGCGUUUACUUUGUGAUAUUUUGAUUUUCAAAUGCAAUUCACUACUUGAGUGUUAAGUGUAAAAUCCAAAAUCAAAAUUUAAAAUUUUGUUACAUUAUUAUUGACAACCUAAGCGUAUAUUAUAAUAUCUGUCCAAGGCAGUUUCCGAUUUGGCAGAGUUUUAUUUUUUAAUACAAUCACAAACUCACAUUGCGUAGAUCUCUGGAAAGUAUACACACGACACACA